UCUCCCUCUCUCAAUUCUCCGCCAGCAGCAGUGACGUAGGCGAACGUGCAAACGGUUCAGCCCCAUGUCCCUGAGACACUCGCUUCUCCAGGGGCCAGAAACUGAGAAGGAGGGGAAAGGCAGCUAGAGCGGCUGCCUGAGACCGGCUUUGGGUGUUUGGGAUUUUUUCCCCACCUCCUCUUUCAGUUAUUUAUUUAUUUUUAAUUAUCCUCCUUCUUCAUCUUCCCUGUGUGCGCCGUCAGCUCCGCUCUGGGGACCAGAGAGAGGGCGUCUCGCUUGUGCAUCGCCUGUCUGCCCGCCAGCUCGCAGCCCAUGAGGUACUGUGGCAAUGUGUGCGGUCUGGAGGAACGGUUUGGUGCCAUCCUAAAUUGCCCCCGUCGAUUAUGGGCUGUAUUGGCUCCAAAACCACCAUCGGUAAAUGUUGAGGAUACUGUCGAAAUGCUACCCAAGUCCCGGCGAGCCCUCACCAUCCAAGAAAUUGCAGCCCUCGCACGUUCCUCUUUGCAUGGUAAGUCCCACCCACUACCCUUGCACAGUGCUGUACCAGGACCAAACUGCACCCGGGGGCAUGACCUCCGGGUCAUGACCCUGGGGGUCGCUGAACAGUUUGCCAUCGCUGAAGCCAAACUGCGGGCCUGGUCCUCCGUGGACGGGGAUGAUUCAAACGACGAAUCCUAUGACGAGGACUUUGCCACCCCUACUGAGUCCACCCAACCGGCCGACGCUGCCAACCAGCUCCCGCCCAGCACUUUGCUGAGGGGCUUCCUGCGCAGCCGCCUGUGUCAGCUGAACGCCCGGCAAGGCUCUUGCGACCCGGAGAGCGACUCCUCCCAGACCACCAUCUCUCCGGAGACUUUGUGUUCCAGCCUCUGCAGUCUGGAGGACAGCCUGUUCCUCAAGGAGCUGGGCUCGCCUUCCGAACUGGCCGUCAAGCUGCUGGGCUCCCUGUCCAGCGGGGAGGAGAUGCUCCCCUCCAAGUUGCCUACACAGACAGCCGGAGAAUGUGCCUUCCGGAGCCUGGCGCAGCUCGAGUGCCAGGACUCUAUGUACUCCAUGUCCUUCACCGAGUCCUGCCUCUCCCCCACGGAGGACGAGGGGAUCCCGUGCAAGGACUACCAGGGGGGCUGCAAAAUCCACGGGGACAGCUGCCAGGUCCGGAGGAAAGUGUCCGACGUGGCCUCCUCCGGCGUGGUGUCGCUCGACGACAACGAGGAGGACGAGGAAGAGCAAGAGGAGGACACUGGGGAACAGUGAAUUCCUGCGCCCUCCAUGGCAUGCUGCACCUGCCAUCUUGUCUCACUCUGUGGCAUUCUUCCGUGACCCUGCUCCGUGGCCCAUCGUUCUCUUGACAGGAGGGUUCCGUCCCGAACUCCCCGGGCUGCGUCCUGGGCCUGCGUCGGGCAAAGGAAGGCUGGUUCGAAGCAAACCGACGACCGACUCGCCCGCCCCUGUCCUGUGCCCCAUUCACCUCCACUGUGCCAUCUGAUUCCAACCAUGUAAUCCGGAGGGGCCUUUCACGUGGCUUCGUGGAUUUUGCCUGCUGCAUUUUCUCUCUCUCUCUUUCGUGGCCUGUUUUGUUUUUCUUGCAUGAGAAUGUCUUGGAAAGGGGUGGGAAGAAAAGCCCCAAGCGAAAUACUGAACCCCGGGGCGGCGCAGGCUGGACUCGCCACCGUCUGGGCCGGUUCAGAGCAUGCUGCGUGCCCCGGGCCCCCUGGCGGAGCGGCGCCUUGUGGCUGUCCAGGUGGCAUGGCUAAACGCUUGCGAAGCAGACCUGUAACGUUUUCCGAAGACAAUUGAAAAACUAUUUACCGCCCUGUACGGCCCCUUCCAGACUCCUCCGGCUGAGGGCCCAGGGCUGAAGCGGAAUGUGGAAUGCAAUGGAUGCUUAACAUGUUUAUGCCUUUUUAAAAACAAACAAAAGAAACAUACAAAAACUGUUGUCUGGGCCCAGACGGGCCACUUCUUGGCUUUUACGGUGUUGAAUUUUAUACUGUGGCUUCCCCGGAAGAAACAGGCGAGGCAGGGGGUGAGGGACGCGCUAGUGGGCUACGCCUCGAAGCACGGGGCGCUGUGGGGUCCUCCUCUCCCCCACGCCCGCCCCUACUCCCUCAGGAGAAGGCAGGAGCAUGAUCGAAGGCCACAGGGGGUGGCCCGUCCUUUCGCCCCAGAUCUUUUCUAUAUUUUUGUAUGUGCGUCUCCGUGUAGCUGUUGUUAGGGGCGCCGGUGCCCUGGCCAAUCAGAGCGGGCGAUACUGUGAUCCUCAUCCCAGCCUGUCCCCUGUUAAUAGGACCUGUGUGACACUUGGCUAGCAAGGGCUCCCGGUCCUCCCCUAUGAAGCAGCUCCUCGAGAGAGUGGUACUCAUGCGCCAGGCUGGGCCCAGGAAAGCAAUGGGUUGGCGGUGGGGAAAAGUGCCCGGUCUGAGCAUUUGUGCAACGCAUGUGUCUCUUUUUUGCCAGGGUAACGGUCAAGACCGCUCCCAAAGGAUCCUGGGAAUUUUAGAGCCUUCUGGGUCAAAGGUCCUUCACCUUCACUUCCCCACGCUACUUGGAACAGUUAAGUUUCCCGGAGAGAGGGGAACAUCUAGGAAACAAGCUCUCGGUACAGCCAGAGAUACAUGCCUGCACCCCCCCCCCCGUUAGCUUGCCUUCCUUCCCAGGCACACAUGUACAUGAAUGUAUCCAUGCGCGCGCACAUCAAUAGGGUCAUCAACCUCUGGUUGGGCCUAGAGGUCUCCCCGGAUAAUGAGAGGUCUUCGAAUCACAAAAAAUUGACAGUUUUAGAGUGGACUCUAUGGUAUGCCAUUGGGCAGGGGUGUCGAACAUGUGACCCAGGGUCUGUGAGCCAGCUGAGACAACCCCCCCUUACUCCUGAUCGGGAGUGAAGGGGGGGUCACCACAGCUGGCUCCUGGGCUUGAGAACUCCUCUCAAGGCAGCCAUCCCACCCCGCUGUGGGCUUGCCAGUCCAGCACCCACCCCCCCAUCCGUGCCUGGUCCGACCAAGUCACAUUCAUGUCCUAUCUCCGUGGUGGCAAACCUUCGGCACUCCAGAUGUUAUGGACAACAAUACCUAUCAGCCCCUGCGAGCUGGCAGGGGCUGAUGGGAAUUGUAGUCCAUAACAUCUGGAGUGCCAAAGGUUCGCCACCACUGUCCUAUCUGGUCCUCCUGGUAAAUGAGUCUGACACCUCUGCUGUAGUGUCUGGAGCUGCGGAAGUCGAGCGCCAUCCAGGAAUUUCCCAGCCCUGAUUUUUUUUCCGUGACGUGACCUUGUUUUCUAUUUUUAGCACAACGGCUCAAGACACAAAAGCCGUAUCCUGCCCUCCCCCCGCCCAGUCCCUUUGUCAGGUAAAUGAGCCUACAAAGAGAUAUCCCUGCAAAUGCAUAGGAAGGGAAACACACCCUGUGUCCAAGACAGGUGGCGGAGCCUCCGGCCCCAAACGCAUGCAACUCAAGCAUGAGUAUUGAAGCACAUGAAUGCAGACCUAAACUCCCAUCGGGUACAUUCCUCUGAGCCUUGCCGUCCAUUCUCCUUUUAAGCAGGCGCUCGGGGAUAUGCAGGAUGUGGUCUCGGGCGUAGAAUUUGGCAGCUGCUACAGAAUCUCAACCUGUUUUGCUGGGUGUCUGUUUUGGGUAAGGGGCGAGGGAGACUCUUCCGCACACGCAGAAUAAUACACUUUCAAUCCGCUUUCACAAUUGUUUGCAAGUGGAUUUGGCUCUUCCGCACAGCAAAAUGCCGCUGCAAAGUGCAUUGAAAGUGGAUUGAAAGUGCGUUAUUCUGCAUGUGCGGAAGGGGCCUAAAGGUUGGACUGGGUUGGGACAAAUUUUCGAACAGCAAAGGUAUAGCUGCUUAGUGACCCAACUCAGAUCUGGGCGGUAUGGGGGAACAUGGGUUUUUAACCCUUCUACCCAGCCUGGUUGGUUUGGCUGGUGAAAAAACUACCACCGUCUUUCCCAGUGCUGUUCUUAGGUCUUUAAAAGAAAAGAAAGAGAGAGGUGUCUUGGGAGCUCUCAUGGGGUCAGGAAAAACCAAUAUUGUGGUUAAUUUUGAGGAACCAGAGAAGGUUUCCUGUCCCCUGGGAGGGAACGGGGUCAUUCAGUUCUUGUUUCUGUUCUGUCACCCUCUCUCUCGUUGUGUCCCAGACCUAGGGUUAGGGUUGCCAACUCCAGAUCAGGAAAUACCCUGGAGAAUUUGGGUUGGAAUCCGAGGAGGGCAGGAUUUGGGAGGAGAGGGAUGUCAAUAGGGUAUAACUGCAGAGUCCACCUUCCAAACUGUCCGUUUCCCCCAGGGGGAACUGGUCUCUGACUCCUGGAGAUCAGUGGUAACAGCCAGAGAUCUCCAGCCUCCACUUGGAAGUGGGCAACCCUGCCUGAGCCACCCUCUCUGUAGGAUGGGAGCCCUCCCUAUCAAAAAGACCAUGCAAAAAGUCCCGUGGGGGUGUGUGUUUCAUCAAGAAAGGGGUGGGCUUCGGAAGAGUUCAGGGGUGCAAAGAAUCGGGGGGAGGGUUGAGACCUGGGGGAGGGGGCCAACGUGCCUGGCUCUGCCUUCUGGAAAAAGUAGGGUGCAUUUUUAUAACACUCACCCCACUCCUUGGGCGACCGUGUUUGCACUAGGGAACGGUCGGAUUCUUUCGUUUUAACGCUGCUGGCUGGAGGCUUUUAGGGGUAACGUAAAAGGGUGCCUCGAGCGUGAUUCCUGGAGGCCAGAAGGGUAGACAGACGAGGUAGGAGAACCACUAUGAGGCUCAAAACCAGGGUCCUCCAGUAUUGGGACACAGGAGAGCGUUAUCGCUUUCUUGGGUUGCUGACUAUGAACAAGAGAGAUAAUUUCCCCUGGAGAAAACGGCUUCUCUGCAGGGCGGACUUGAUGACGUUAUACCCUACUGUUCCCAGCCUGUGCCCCAAAUUGCCAGGAGUUUCCAGGCUCGGCCACCCUAUUCGACUCUCCCCUACCCAAACUCUGUUUUGGGUGCAAUCCUGUGACCCCCACCCCCCUCCCCACUGCCCAAUUCUGGGGGCAGCCCCAUCCUCACCAAUUGCCCUCGAUGCCUGUGCAGAGCUGUGUUCCAAAGCCUAUGCAUUCUCCCACCCACCCCACCCCCACGCUCUCUGUCCCUUGCACUCUCCCCCUAACCAAUGCACAAUAUUGUACCCCGUCUGACCCUCUUUCUGCCCUUCUCCCGGAGUACGCCCCUGGCUGGUAUGAGUGUCUAUUUUGUUCUGUUUGUAUCUGUAAUUCAUUAAAAGGGUGGUUUUGCCCGACCGGU